UUUUUUUAAUUUCAACGUCGGAGACGGAGAGAGAGAGAGAGAGAGUGAAGUCCGCGGACAGAAACUCGGCAAACACGGAUUUCCUGUGGGACAAACACACGGGGCUGGCUGCGAAGACGAUGCCUCGUUUGAGGCGGUACCGUUCGUCAGACCGGGAGAGCCGGGACAGUUACCAUGAACGUUACAGAAGGAGUAGACGUGGGAGACGUAGGUCGCGCUCGCGAUCCAGAAGCAGUGAUCGAGAUCGACAGCAUAGGAAUGAAAGUUACAUCAGGUCCAGGAGUAUCGAGCACUGUUCGUGUGACAGACGACUGUACAAUGAAAGGAGGUACUGUGACGCUUACCGGGGUCAUUACAGCCGAGACCAGGGAGAUGGCUACCAUGAGACGGACUACUGCUCUCGCAACUCGUAUGACUACCGUCGCUCACAGGAACGGGACAGGAGCUACAGGAGUCGGAAGAGCAGCAGACGUAAGCACAAACGGCGGCGCCGCAGAAGCAGGUCAUAUAGUCGCUCCUCCUCGCGGAGUCAUCAGAGCAGCAGAAGGGCCAAGAGUGUGGAAGAUGACAACGAGGGCCAUCUGAUCUAUCGCAACGGCGACUGGCUACAAGAACGAUAUGAAAUUGUUAACACUUUAGGUGAAGGAACCUUUGGCAAAGUCGUACAAUGUAUUGACCACCGCAGGGGUGGUUUACAGGUGGCCCUUAAAAUAAUUAAGAAUGUGGAAAAAUACAGAGAAGCUGCUCGCCUAGAGAUUAAUGUACUGGAGAAAAUUAACGAGAAGGAUCCGGACAAUAAAUUCCAAUGUGUACAGAUGUUCGAUUGGUUCGACUACCAUGGCCACAUUUGUAUUUCUUUUGAAUUACUGGGACAGAGCACGUUUGAUUUCUUGAAGGAUAACAACUACACACCAUAUCCUAUUUACCAAGUGCGCCACAUGGCUUUCCAGACUUGCCAUGCUGUUAACUUUUUACACGACAACAAGCUCACUCACACUGACCUGAAGCCAGAGAAUAUUCUUUUUGUAAAUUCCGACUAUGAAGUUGUGUGUAAUGUGGAAAAGAAACGCGAAGAGCGAGUGAUUAAAAACACAGCGACCAGGGUUGUCGACUUUGGCAGUGCCACGUUUGACCAUGAGCACCACAGCACAAUAGUCUCCACAAGACACUAUCGAGCACCCGAAGUUAUUUUAGAGCUUGGGUGGUCCCAGCCAUGUGACGUCUGGAGCAUAGGAUGUAUCAUUUUUGAAUAUUACCUUGGCUUCACACUUUUCCAAACACAUGACAAUCGAGAGCAUUUGGCCAUGAUGGAGAGAAUCCUUGGUCCAAUCCCAGCACGUAUGAUCAGAAAGACCAGGAAACAGAAAUACUUCUACCAUGGCCGCCUGGACUGGGAUGAAAGCAGCUCUGCAGGAAGAUACGUACGAGAUAACUGCAAGCCAUUGAAACGAUACAUGCUUGCCGAGAGUGAGGAGCACUGCCAGCUGUUUGAUUUGAUCGAGAGAAUGUUGGAGUACGAACCAUCCAAAAGGAUAACUCUGGCAGAGUGCCUGCAGCAUCCUUUCUUUGACUGUCUCAAAACCGAACAGAAAAACACAAAAGGCUGGGACUCCAAUCGAGACAUCAGUAGAUGACACAAAGCUGGGCUGGGGACUUCUGGGGGGAGGGGGAAGAGAGAAGAUCCUUUAUUUUGUUUGGGCUUAACUUAUUCCUUCAAACUGCUGCCCGUGUCUACCUGGGCUGCUGUCUUCAGAAUGGAUCCUUAACCUGUCAGAAGCGGAGUUUUGAGAGUUCCAGCGAUCAGCAGUGAAGCUCCAAGAUGAGAAUAGGAGAGCAGUUCCACUCCCCUCCUCCUACUGGUUUCUCUUCUGCUCACUGCACGUGUGUUUUCAUCAGAGCCCCAAACGCUUGUGCUCCACGAUGGAGAGACUCAGUAAAGCGCCUCAGUGAGACGCUACGGUGUAAAGAUAGCUGAUUGGACUGGAUGUCUUUGUAAUCAACCUGCUGUUGGGUACGGUGCCUCCUUCCACUGGGUAUGCGGCAGCUUUCAAAAUCGAGGCACUCCGGACUUUAAGGAGGUGGCUGUUGACUCUGAGUUCGCUUGCUGCUGGUGUGACUCUGAACAUCAAAUGGAAGAUUCCUCCCCACCAGAGAGAGGACUGAGCAGUGCAAGUGAUGUUUGCAACAUGUGAAUUGCACUGUAAUUCUGCAGAUCUGCUGUUGUCACAGCUCAGCACUUCCACUGUGUUUACCUUCCAGCCCCCCCCCCCCCACUGUAAAUAUCAUCUCGAGGAGAGUCUCCUGCUGGUUUAUGGGAAAAUUGCCAUGACAUUGAACUCUGGGUUGUAAAUCUUAUUCCCAUCUCCCCUUCCCCCACAAUCCCCAUGUUUACAAGGUUUCAGCAGCCGUGUUUCUGUAGAUUACUGGAGUGGGACGAUGUUACAGGGAAGGGUUGGGCACUUUUUGUGAUGGUUUCAAUAGGUUGACCUGAUAUCUGCUUUACCAUCAGUGUUUUUAUAAUAAAAAAAGCUUUGUAUUGUC